UCAGAGAGAGGGGAGAAGGACAGAAAGGGGAAGAGAAAGAGGCAGGAGAGCAGGACGGAGAGACAAAAAGCGGUAGAUAGCCAGGAAUAUAUUUAAUGCUAACUUUCGAGCAAUUAAAUGCGCAGUGGGGAUGGCGUAUCAUAUCUUUAGAGGUUUGAAACACAAUUUCUAGUCAUAGUUUUUGGAUUACUUUCGUCAUUGGCGAAUUUUGCACCGUUUUAAACAUUUGACGUGUGUAUUUUCCUUGUGCUCGCUGCGUGGACGGAGUGUUUGUUUUCCCUCUGGUGGAUUUGCCUUGAGAGAAAUGAGUGACAGAAGGCGAUCUGCUGCUGCUCUGAGCUCAAGAGCGCACGCCUUUUCGGUGGAAGCCCUGAUCGGGUCAAAUAAGAAGAGAAAGCUCCGGGGCUGGGAGGAAAAGGAUCUGGAGUUGUCUAUGGAGAGCCUCGCCAACAACGGACAAUUAGGAGACGGCGACGACCCUGUGCAUUGUCUGGAUAUCGACCCCGAUUCGGAGGCGAGCCCGGGUUCAGAUGGCGAGGGUCUGGCGGAGAGGACGUCGUGCUCCUUCGGCUCCCCUGAGGACCUAGCCCCGACGGCCUGCGAGCUGUCUCCCGCUGCCUCAAUGGAGGAGAUUCAGGUGGAGCUGCAGUGCGCGGACCUCUGGAAGCGCUUCCAUGAAAUUGGCACGGAGAUGAUCAUCACUAAAGCCGGGAGGCGGAUGUUCCCUGCAAUGAGAGUAAAGAUUGUGGGUCUGGACCCCCACCAGCAGUAUUACAUAGCCAUGGAUAUUGUUCCUGUGGACAAUAAGAGAUACAGGUAUGUGUACCACAGCUCCAAGUGGAUGGUGGCGGGGAACGCGGACUCCCCCGUGCCCCCGCGGGUCUACAUCCACCCAGACUCCCUGGCCUCUGGAGACACCUGGAUGAGGCAGGUGGUCAGCUUCGACAAACUCAAACUCACCAACAAUGAGCUGGACGAUCAGGGCCAUGUGAGUGAGCCGAUCAUCCUCCACUCCAUGCAUAAGUACCAGCCUCGUGUCCAUGUUAUCAGGAAGGACUUCAGCAGUGACCUGUCCCCCACAAAGCCUGUUCCCAGCGGAGAGGGAGUGAAGACCUUUAGCUUCCCUGAGACUGUCUUCACCACAGUCACCGCCUACCAGAACCAACAGAUAACUAGACUAAAGAUUGAUCGCAACCCAUUUGCUAAAGGAUUUCGGGAUUCAGGUAGAAACAGUCUCUCGUUCUCUCUCUCACACAGGACUGGUCUAGAGGCGAUCAUGGAGACCUAUGCAUUCUGGAGACCGCCUGUGAGGACACUCACGUUUGAGGACUUCACCAACAUGCAGAAACAGCAAGGAGGAAGUACGGGCACCUCUCCCACCACCUCCAGCACAGGAGCCCCCUCCCCUUCUGGCACGGCCCACCUCCUGUCCCCCUCCUGCUCCCCGCCCACCUUCCACCUGGCCCCCAACACCUUCAACGUGGGUUGCAGGGAGAGCCAGCUGUGCAGCAUGGGCCUGUCUGAGUAUCCGGCCUGCGCCCGCAGCAACAUGGCGGCCCUGCAGGGCUACGGGGGUCUGGCCGACAGCUCCUAUGGACGCCUCCAAGCAGCAGGAAGCGCUGUGGCCUCCGCCCAGCAGUCUGAAUCCUUCUUGCCCCAGAGGACGUCUUCCCUGAUUGCUGCAGGCAUGCAAGGGGGUGGUCAUGGUCCUCUGUCUGGAAGCAGCGGUGGCGGGAAGAUGGAUGCCUACGGAGGUCAGCUGACCUCGUUUCCGGCAUCACAGCUGCAGUAUGUGAUGCAGGGUGGAGCUAGCUCUACCUCUGGCUCCUCCUCCUCAUCAGGCUCCUCCCCCUCUUCUGCCCACAUGUUCAGCGGGGGCCACCACCAUGUGCAGCAGGGAUCCUACAACGCCUUCUCACUCCACAACCCCUACAACCUGUAUGGAUACAACUUCCCCACUUCCCCUCGCCUGGCUUCCAGCCCUGAGAAGACCCAGGGCGGCCUCCUGUGCUCCUCCUCCUCUGCCGGGGUGUUUGCCGAGCGCCAGUACCUGUCCAACGGUGGCAUGGACAGCAUGCACAUGAUCGGCAAUCCCUCCGCUGGCCAGCAGGGGGCUGGCUCCUGUGAUGGCCGUCAGUAUGGCUCCUCCUCUCAGAUGUCAAUGCACAUGGUGUAAAAACUGUCCUGUUAUUUCAAGUUCUGUCUCUUCUACUAAGAUAUGCUAUUGAUGAGUCAUUUUACAUUUAGCGUUGUUUGUAAUACUGAGGUACCAAGUGAACCUUUCAAAAAACAGACUUUUCAUCUCAUUGUGUUUAAAAAGAAUAAUAAUUGACCUCACAUGCUUUACACAAGGAGGUGGAACUGUUAUUUAAUUACCACAAUAGUGUUAAAAAGGGAAAGUGGAACCAUAUACCGUGCUCUUAGUGCACAUGUGGCUGUUUAGAACACUAACCCCAACCAUGGGGACAUACAGGGGGAUACGUGAAAGAGAGGAGACCACAUACUCUUACUGUCGAGGGAUUCUCAGGAGUGAACCCAUUAUGGUGCAAUAGUAAUGACAGUCUACAGUAACUCAGCCUUGUUGCUAUGGACUCUAUCCAGUCCCGGACAGGAUGUGACAGAUGCUCUGUGUGAUCCAGAAACUUCACCUCCACUUCCACUGCUCUAGUUUUAACAAGACAUUUAUGCAACAUUAUGCCAUAACUUUGUGGCAACAUUGGGAGAGAACUGAGAAGGUUGUGGCAGUGCCAGAUCAAUAUGAAGGACUUCAAUAUGAAGGUUUCCCCCCCUGGCCACUCAGCGGAGAUGAUGGGAGGAUGAUGGAUGAGGCACAGAGGGUGAAUAUAAUAUAAUACAGCACAUGCUGGAAGGAUGAAGUCACAAAACUAAAGGUCAGGGUGAGGGAGGAGCUAUGUGUGUCUGACAGUGGGGUCCAGUUGUUGACCCUGCACCUCUCAGUGGACACGCUGGACAAGAAGCUCUGUUCAAGUGGACACUGAACAUAUAGUGAAAUACAGUGAAAUCACCACAAUCUUAUCAUCACCUUUCCUCACAGACUGGAAUGGCUUCACUAUUUUUGAGUGGAUUACCUUUUUAAAAGCAUAUAUAAGAUGGCGAAUGCAAGCAAAAACCAUAAGCUUUACAGUUGUUGUGUGAAAGGUUAUAAAGAUAGAAUAGGAAACAGAGUAAUUAUAGUAUGUUUUGGUGUGUUGUAGAUAAUUGUAUUUAAGUGCCAAGCAAUAAUACAAUUAUAUGGGCCAAUCUAUCAGGAAAACAAAUGUGAGAAAAAAUGGAAAUAGCAAAAUUAUUAUUUUGAAAGGCCUUUUAAAAAACUGUAAAUACAGGUGCCAAGCACACAAAAGUUCAAUAAACAUUUUAAUUCA